CACAAUUCUCUGCACUGGGAGCCAUUUCUGUGUGUAACGCGGUGCAGCUUCGCCUAAACGUUAAAACACAGUUUUCGGGUUUUAUACCAAAUUUCAGAAGAAGAUUUUACUGCUCGAGCGCGUGCGAGGACUUUAAAGCGCCAAGAUGCCGCGAAUUAUGAUUAAAGGAGGCGUGUGGCGGAACACGGAGGAUGAAAUCCUCAAAGCGGCUGUGAUGAAAUAUGGCAAGAACCAGUGGUCUCGAAUCGCUUCCCUGCUGCACCGCAAAUCUGCCAAACAGUGUAAAGCCAGAUGGUACGAGUGGCUGGACCCCAGCAUUAAGAAGACAGAAUGGUCACGUGAGGAGGAGGAGAAACUUCUGCAUUUGGCCAAACUGAUGCCCACUCAAUGGAGGACCAUCGCACCCAUCAUUGGCCGGACGGCCGCUCAGUGCCUGGAGCAUUAUGAAUAUCUGCUAGAUAAAGCCGCACAGCGAGAGAAUGAAGAUGAUGUCGGCGAUGACCCUCGCAAAUUAAAACCAGGCGAGAUCGACCCCAACCCUGAGACCAAACCGGCUCGACCGGACCCAGUGGACAUGGAUGAAGAUGAGCUGGAGAUGCUGUCUGAAGCAAGGGCUCGCUUGGCCAACACACAGGGCAAGAAGGCAAAGAGAAAAGCCAGAGAGAAGCAGCUGGAGGAGGCUCGGCGUCUGGCUGCGCUUCAGAAGCGCAGAGAGCUGCGAGCUGCAGGCAUCGACAUCCAGAAGAAACGCAAGAAGAAAAGAGGUGUGGACUACAACGCUGAGAUCCCCUUCGCGAAGAAACCCGCACAGGGCUUCUACGAUACAUCCAUGGAGCAGUAUGACCCGCUGGAACCUGACUUCAAGCGUCUGCGUCAGCAGCAUCUCGACGGAGAGCUCAGGAAUGAGAAGGAAGACCAUGAUCGUAAGAAAGACCGACAGAAAAUCAAAAAGAAAAAGGAAUCAGAUCUUCCCUCUGCCAUCCUGCAGACCAGCGGCGUGUCCGAGUUCACGAAGAAGAGAAGCAAACUGGUGUUGCCCGCACCACAGAUCUCUGAUGCUGAACUGGAGGAAGUGGUUAAACUGGGUCAGGCUAGUGAAAUCGCCCGUCAGACGGCUGAAGAAUCUGGAAUCACUAACUCUGCUUCCAGCGCUCUUUUGUCUGAAUAUAACCUCACUAAUAGCUCAAUGGCCCUGCGCACACCCAGAACUCCAGCAGCACAAGACAAAAUCCUACAGGAAGCUCAGAAUCUCAUGGCGCUGACAAAUGUGGACACUCCUCUUAAAGGUGGUCUGAACACGCCCCUUCAUGAGAGUGACUUCUCAGGGGUCACACCUCAGAGACAGGUGGUUCAGACGCCCAACACCGUGCUCUCCACACCCUUCAGAACCCCCAGUCACGGAUCGGAGGUCAUGACCCCGCAAGGUGGAAUGACACCCAAACCCCCGGUGGGCGUGACCCCCGGCAGGACCCCUCUGCGUGACAAACUCAGCAUCAACACUGAAGAGGGUGUCGUGGAUUACAGCGACCCGUCAUUCGCUAAACUCUUACAAAGAGAGUCCCGUGAGCAGCUCAAACUGGGUCUGAUGUCUCUGCCCCUGCCCAAGAAUGAUUUUGAGAUCGUUCUUCCUGAAAACGCUGAGAAAGAGCUGGAGGAGGCCGAGGUGGACGAGAGCUUCGUGGAGGACGCCGCCGAGAUAGAGCUAUGCAAACAGGCCGUCAGAGAUGCAGAGAAAGAGAAGGAACUCCGUCAGAGACACACGGCUGUUCAGAAAGAUUUACCAAGACCCUCAGAGGUGAAUGAGACGAUCCUGCGGCCUCAGAAUGUUGAACCUCCUCUGACGGACCUCCAGCAGGCUGAAGAGAUGAUAAAGAAAGAGAUGAUCACUAUGAUUCACUUUGACUGUCUGCAUCAUCCCUUCAGUGAGGCUCAGAUAAAGAAGAAUAAAGGUGUGGGAUCCAACUCCAACAGCACUGAUCACGUCACAUACCUGGACAAGACCCCGUACCACAAGAUCUCUGAGGACGAGCUCAAAAAGGCCGGAGAGCUGCUGCUUCAGGAGAUGGAGGUGGUCAAACACGGCAUGGGUCACGGUGAUCUGUCUAUGGAGGCGUAUAAUCAGGUGUGGGAGGAGUGUUACAGUCAGGUCCUGUACCUGCCCGGACAGAGUCGCUACACGCGUGCUAACCUCGCCAGCAAGAAGGACAGAAUCGAAUCUCUGGAGAAGAAACUGGAGGUCAACAGAGGUCACAUGACCACAGAGGCCAAACGUGCAGCUAAGAUGGAGAAGAAGAUGAAGAUUCUGUUGGGAGGCUAUCAGUCUCGCUCGAUGGGUUUACUCAAACAGCUGAGUGAACUGUGGGAUCAGGUGGAACAGACUCAUACGGAGCUUCACACCUUCGAGGAGCUGAAGAAACAAGAAGAUCUGGCCAUUCCUCGCAGACUGGAGGCUCUGAGAGAAGAUGGUCAGAGACAACAGGACCGAGAGAAAGAGCUCCAGCUGAGAUUCGCAGACCUGAUUCUAGAGAAACAAACUCUCUCACAGAAGUUCUGAAUCAUGUGACGUUUAUCUCUUCAUUUUCUCUGCUCGAUACAGUACAUGUCUGUGUGUUACCUUCACAUGAAAUAAAAUAACAUUUUUCUGUCUGACCGUAGCGUGGUCAUCUGCAUGUGCCAUGUGUUCAUUCUGUGAAGCUUCCUCGCACCCUCGCCGACUGUUCUCAUGGACCACAGAGAGGUCUUAACUCGCUGAAAUGUUGUGCUUUUUCUGUUCUAAAAAAUAAGUGUAAAUAUUUUGUAACGUGUCAACUUUGUGCUUCAGGUUUUCAGGUUUAAAUUGGCAUUGAGAUCAUACAUCAUUUACAUAAUAAAUCAUUGACUAUC